GUAAACUGUUCUUCGUCCAGUCAAAAUCGCUCGUGGUGUGCCGAUGUCAAUGACAUGCGAUCGAGCGGGAAAUAGAGUUAUAUAAAAAUUUAAACUGGCCUUCCAGCAGGUUUGGUCAGACUUGUUGAACGAAGCAUUGGAUUUGUUUAACAUUACAUUGUAUUUACCCAUAUGUGACGCCAUUUUUAACGGAGUCUGCUUCCAAUCGAGUACAACAUCCUGUUGCCUUGAAGGUAAAACUGAGGUCUCUAAUAUUGAUCAUGGCGAUGGGAUAUGAGGCCACGAUUGAAACUGAGUUUGAGGAGGAAGAAAACUAUGGACCCCAGCCUCUAUGCAGACUAGAGCAAUGUGGAAUAAGUGCGAGUGACAUCAAGAAACUGGAGGAUGCAGGUUUCCACACCAUUGAGGCAGUGGCUUAUGUGCCGAAGAAGGAGCUGCUCAACAUUAAAGGCAUUAGUGAAGCUAAAGCUGAUAAAAUCAUAGUGGAAUCUGCCAAGCUUGUACCUAUGGGCUUCACUACAGCGACUGAGUUCCACCAGAGAAGAGCAGAAAUCAUCCAAAUAUCUACAGGUUCUAAGGAAUUGGACAAACUCCUAAAUGGUGGGAUUGAAACUGGUUCCAUCACAGAGAUGUUUGGGGAGUUUCGGACAGGGAAGACCCAGCUGUGCCAUACACUUGCUGUGACAUGUCAGCUUCCCAUGGAUCAGGGGGGUGGAGAAGGUAAAGCUAUGUACAUUGACACAGAGGGAACCUUCAGACCAGAAAGACUACUGGCAGUAGCUGAAAGGUAUGGGCUGGUGGGAAGUGAUGUUCUGGACAACGUGGCCUGUGCUCGAGCUUUCAACACGGAUCAUCAGACACAGCUGCUUUAUCAGGCAUCCGCAAUGAUGGCUGAGUCCAGAUAUGCUCUGCUGAUUGUGGACAGUGCCACAGCGUUGUAUAGAACGGACUACUCUGGCAGAGGUGAACUGUCAGCCAGACAAGGACACUUAGGACGCUUCCUUCGUAUGCUGCUCAGGCUCGCUGAUGAGUUUGGCAUUGGAGUGGUAAUAACAAACCAAGUGGUUGCACAGGUAGAUGGGGCUGCCAUGUUCUCUGCUGAUCCAAAGAAGCCAAUUGGUGGGAACAUUCUGGCACAUGCAUCAACCACACGGCUGUAUCUGAGAAAAGGCAGAGGAGAGACAAGAAUCUGUAAAAUCUAUGACUCGCCUUGCCUGCCAGAGGCGGAAGCCAUGUUUGCCAUUAAUGCUGAUGGAGUGGGAGAUGCUAAAGAAUGAGAAGAAGCCCAUGUUUUAGUGUCAAAGUGUCGAACCAGCCCAAUAAAAUCUUAAAACCUCUGGGAAAUGGACUACUCUUACUGUCAGGAAAUCUACAGGACUGUUCAGGUGAGAGUUAAGGUUCAACGUGUAGAGAAGAGUUGCCAUCAAGGCUAACAGCCAAUAGAGCAUCUGAAAAUUAAGAAAAUGUCAACAUGUGACAAAAUUAGUCAGAUACAACUAAUGAAUCAUAUUCUUUAUUCUGUAUGUAUUCGACAUUUAAGUUGUUAUAUGAAACAAUUGAAAUAUAAGCAUUACUGUCAGUGUUUCAGAAGUAUCUUGGGUGUUAUGUUUUUGUUGUGAUAUCAGUGUCAAACUCUACUUUUGAUUAUUAAAUACAGGUAAACAUUUUUGUUACCAAGGACCUUGAAAGUAAUAUGUUUUUCUUGUGAGGAGAAUUUCAUGAACGCUAUAAAAAGGCU